GUCAACCACACCGACGAUGGGGGCGGUAGCAGUCUCCGAGCGCAUCGGUCGAAUGGUCGUCUGCAGCGGACACACAGUAGCAACUACUUGGUGGAGGAAAGCGGUGGUGGUAGUGUGGAAGUGGCGGGUCCAUCAUCGGCGCGGUCCUCGAGAACGCGUGAUCUCCGGCAGCAGCAACAACAACAGCAACCCGACGACGAUGAUGAUGAAGAUGACGAGGAGGGCCACGAAGAUGAAGCCGCAUUGACCAGCGUAAGCAGCCGAGGUCGUGUGCGCCGCAUGAAUCCGCACGUACGCCGGAUAUUCCGUGAAUAGUACAACGCCCCGGAAGCCUGCCGUUUCGUCGUCGAGGAAAGCGAAAACGAAGACGAUGACGUGGGCGGGCAGGAGGAGGAAGACAGUGAUUUAUCCACAUGUCUCAGCAGCAGCAGCACGGACAACGACGAUGCAAGCCGAUCACUGUACUACCCACCGGCGAGGAACGAAACCAACAACGGGUUGGGGGAAGAGCGGACCUUGGAGGAGGAAGAUGAGCUGGUGGUGCUACAGGAAGCCAACAGCACGGCAAGCAGCCUCGACGUCCAGGUGGAUGACAUCAUCUACGACAUCGAGGACGUGAUGAUGCUUUCGGUGGCCCCUCCGGUGGCCACCAACCGGGACCGAGUCGAGGGGGAAGGAGGAGCGGAUCUGGAAAUCAUUCUCGGAACUUAGUAAACCCGCACAAAACAUUCGGGGGCAAAGUGAAGAAAACAUCGAGAAUCGCGGAAAACAAAUAAAACUACAUUUUUGUAAGACUGAUUACUAAAAACAAAUGCUGCGCCAGCUGAGUUUGUGGACGAACCUCUGUGCGUGUGCGAACACACAUAAACACAUACGCCGUGUGGGUCGUCGUUCCAGGGGGAAGGAAUCGUCAAGAGAAAUUGCGAACCGGAAAACCAAACACUUUUACAGAAGACACGUAAGAUACCCUUUCACCGUCGCGUCGCCAGGCGGGGAAUGGGCUUACAGCGUAUUUUUCCAUCGGUCAGCUCGAGGAAAGACCAUUGUAUAAAUGUAAAGCAGAAAUAAGCAGAGCGUACCCUCUGCAUAACGGAUAAUGUGUGCGAAAAGUAGCGCUGGUGGUGGACGCUGGACGGUGGUGUGGCCAUCACGAGCGUAUCGACGGCACUCCUUAUACCCCCUCCCCUUCAUUAGCAGAUAGGAAUUUAGAUUCGUAAGGAACAGCUUGUCGCAUAUUAUGAUAAACAAUUAGCAACCGAUUUGACUAUGCGUAUAAGUGGUACAGUAAAUAAAAUUAGAUUUGAAAACUAAA